AUGUCUGCUACUGCCGAGCAACAGAUCAUUUUAGUAACAGGCGGAAACAACGGCAUAGGCUUCGACACAGUCGCCGCCCUCACCUCUGCUUCCCCAACCCACCACGUCAUCAUUGGCUCCCGCAACCUCUCCAAAGGCACCUCAGCCCUGUCAUCCAUCCGCGCCAAGCACCACCCGGGAACCACUAGCCUCAUCCAGCUCGACGUCACAUCCGACACCUCAAUUCAAGACGCAUUCGCUUGCAUCGAGCGAGACUUCGGCCGCUUGGACGUUCUCAUUAAUAACGCCGGUAUUUGUCCAGAGCCUAAGGAUGCAGCGUGGCCGGGCAGAGAGGAAAUGCGGGAGAUCUUCGAGACGAAUGUUUUUGGGCCAACGGUUGUGACGAAGGUUAUGCUUCCGCUGUUAAGUAAGAGCAAGGACCCGCGAAUCGUAAAUGUCACUUCUUCACUCGGCAGCAUAUCCACUCGCCUCGACCCCACAGACGUUGUCUCCGGGGCGAAUUAUCCGGCGUAUCGGAUGAGCAAGGCUAGUCUGAAUAUGUUGACUGCUUUCACGUAUACUUUGGGGCAGAGCGAGCAAAGCGGACAUUGUAAGGGGGUUAAGGUCUGGAGUUUUUGUCCUGGGUAUGUUGUGACGGAUUUGGGAGGGGAUAGAGAGUUGAAGACGAGUACGGGGGUUGAUAGCUCGGAGACCAGUGCGAAGGGCAUUUUGGAAAUUGUGCAGGGGAAGAGGGAUGGUGAUGUUGGGCGGUUUGUGGAGAGGGAGGGGAGGUCGCGUGUGUGGUAG